AGUUCCAGGCUCUCUGGUAUUCUGACAGGGGAUGUGACUGAUCUCUGAGCUUUCAUGAUGGCCCUGUCUGAGUCCUUAGGAACGAUGCUUCCGCGCUGCGUUGAAGCCCAUGCCAUGGGAUUCCAGAGCACUUCCUACUCUCUACAUUUAGACUUGCUUCCCAUACUUUUGUUCCCACUGUGCCACAGAGAGGAAGGAGAAAGUGAUACCCACUGGGGUCCAGCCAGCCCAUCAUUGCUGCAUAUUGACCCUGGAGGCCGGUGCCAGUGGAAUAGCAGUAUUGGCUGCAUCUCGCCUCGCUGCCACAUGCAGAACGGCUGUGGGUAGUGGUGUGUUUAACAUCUGCCUUAUUUGUAGAAAUUCAGGCUGCUUACAGGGCUUUGCCACUAGAGACGACAUAGCCACAGAGAUCCUUGAGCUUACUCGUCAGUGGCUGAGUGAGAAUGUUUCUAUGAAGCAUUAGACAUUAUAGUAGCUGGAUACUAAAUUUUAGUGCACACCAGCAAAUUAUCCUUUGAAAGACCCCUUAAAGCAAUUUCCAAUUCCAUCCGCCAGACCCUUGAGUACCAUUUAUUAUUUUCUGGAUAAUAUUUUGUCAUUUCUUAUAUUAAAAUUUU